UUUAUAUUGGGAAACCGUCAAAUUCUUUCCACAUUAUAUCUAAACAAUCAAGCACAGCAUGAAGUACAUUGUUACAUACGCGCUUACACUCAGCGUGAUGAAUCUACUAAAAGGAGCUAGUUUUCAAGCUCUUUUUCCAAACGAUGGCCGCAAAGUAGAAGAAACAGAGAGAUUGCGACAGGAAGUAACGAGACUGAGGACUGAAAUAAAUGAAUUAAAAAGUUACCAUCCUCUUGGUAAAGGCUUUUCGACAAAGGUUGGCUUUACUGCGUAUAUUGGAAGUCCAGCCAGAGUCAAUACAAACGACACUUUAGUAUGUAAAGAUGUUAGAAGCAAUAUUGGGGGCUUAUAUGACAAGGAUACAGGUGUAUUCCAGAGCGACAGACCCGGAAUGUUCGUUUUCUUUGUCUCACUCGAGUGCAAGGUUGAAAAUGUACACAUUGGUCUCCAUAUUGACAACAAAAGAGUUGGAGAAACGGCCUGUUUUACUAGUGAAAAUGAGUAUAACAUUGUGUCGUUUUCAGUUGUACAUAACUUAUCAAGAGGAUCAAAAGUCUGGAUAAAUAUAACUUAUGCUAAAUACGCUCAUAUUGCACGGAAAACAAGUUUUGGAGGUUAUUCAGUUUAAAUCCCUGAUGUUUAAUAUUUGAUUUUGUAUUAUAAGCUAAUGACUGUAACGGUUUAUUUUGCUCUUGAAAUG